UAUAUAUAUAUAGUUCUUCUAAUCACGCAAUAUUCACUCAAAACACAAAUCAAUUUAACAACAACAACAACGAGAUCAACAACAGAAAAAUAUCAAAUCAAGAAUGUCGAUGUUUCUCUAUUUCUUUUUGUCAAUGCCUCUUCUUUUUAUUUUCUUCAAAAGGCUCUCAAAUUCUAAGGGGAAGUUUCCCCCGGGACCUAUGGGGCUUCCGAUCAUCGGAAACUUGCACCAACUUGGAAAAUCUCUUCACAGAUCAUUUCACAAACUCUCUCAAGAGUAUGGACCCGUGAUGUUUCUUCGUUUUGGCGUGGUCCCUGUGGUUGUGUUCUCCACAAAAGAAGCAGCUGAAGAAGUUCUCAAGACUCAUGAUCUCGAGACUUGUACUCGACCAAAGCUAUCUGCGACGAAGUUGUUCUCUUACAACUACAAAGACAUUGGCUUUGCUCAGUACGGUGAUGAUUGGAGAGAGAUGAGGAAGCUUGCGAUGCUCGAGCUCUUCAGCUCGAAAAAACUAAAAGCGUUCAGGUAUAUCCGAGAGGAAGAGAGUGAAUUGCUCGUCAAGAAACUCUCUAAAUCUGCUGAGACACAAACUUUGGUGGAUUUGAGAAAAGCUCUUUUCUCUCUUACCGCGAGUAUCAUAUGUAGACUCGCUUUUGGACAGAACUUCCACGAGUGCGAUUUUGUCGAUAUGGACAAAGUUGAGGAGUUGGUGCUCGAGUCUGAGACCAAUCUUGGCUCAUUCGCGUUCACUGACUUCUUCCCCACGGGCCUUGGGUGGAUUAUAGACCGGAUCUCUGGCCAACAUUCGGAGCUGCACAAAGCCUUUGCAAGACUAAGCAAUUUCUUUCAACAUGUGAUCGAUGAUCAUUUGAAGCCUGAACAACCUCAAGAUCAUUCAGACAUCAUUGGUGUCAUGCUGGAUAUGAUCAAUAAAGAGAGCAAAGUUGGCUCUUUCAAAGUCACAUAUGACCAUCUUAAAGGAGUCAUGUCGGAUGUAUUUUUGGCGGGAGUAAACGCAGGCGCUAUAACGAUGAUAUGGGCCAUGACCGAGCUGACAAGACAUCCAAGAGUGAUGAAGAAACUCCAACAAGAGAUUCGAGCAACUCUUGGAGACAACAAAGAAAAAAUCACUGAACAAGAUUUGGAGAAAGUUCACUUCUUGAAACUUGUGAUCCAAGAAACUUUCAGACUACACCCACCAGCUCCCCUCUUGCUCCCAAGAGAGACAAUGUCUGACAUCAAGAUUCAAGGUUACAACAUUCCUAAAAACACAAUGAUUGAGAUCAACACAUACGCAAUAGGACGUGAUCCCAAUUGCUGGACGAACCCUAACGAGUUUAUCCCCGAGAGGUUUAUAGAUAACCCUAUAGACUACAAGGGUCAGCAUUUUGAACUGUUGCCAUUCGGUGGAGGCCGUAGGAUCUGUCCCGGGAUGGCCACUGGGAUGACCAUCGUGGAGCUCGGUCUACUUAAUGUUCUUUACUUCUUUGAUUGGAGUUUACCCGAUGGAAUGACCAUUGAAGACAUUAACAUGGAAGAAGCUGGAGCUUUCGUCAUAGCCAAGAAAGUCCCGCUUGAGCUGGUUCCAGUUAUUCAUUACUAGUGGAUGAUGCCUUGAUACCGUUUGAAUUUCUUUUUGGCUCUUCGCAGUCUCACGAUUAAUUCCUUUGUCUGUUUAUUAUUUUUUUAUAGGUUCCCUAAUGUCACUUGUUUGUUUAAUAAAUUUCUUAAAAGCAAUAAAUAAAUGUCUGUUUAUAUUAAA